CCAGAGCAGCUGAGUCCCAGAUAAGCACUGACAGACCUGGCCUAUAGGCUGCCCUGUCGCCAAUGAACUCCAUGAACCCCAUGAAACCUGCCUUGCCCCCCACACCACAUGGUGAUGGUUCAUUCGCAUACGAGUCUGUGCCUUGGCAACAAAGCGCCACUCAGCCAGCUGGAUCGCUGUCUGUGGUCACUACUGUGUGGGGAGUCAGCAACGCAACACAGAGCCAGGUUUUAGGGAACCCCAUGGGCCCUGCAGGGAGCCCCUCUGGUGGCUCCAUGAUGCCUGGAGUGGCAGGUGGCAGCUCUGCCUUGACUUCUCCACAGUGCCUAGGACAGCAGGCAUUUGCUGAAGGCAGCACCAGCAAGGGAUACGUGCAGCAAGGCGUGUACAGCCGUGGGGGCUACCCUGCGGGCCCCAGCUUCACCACUGGGUAUGCAGGUGGACCAGGAGGCAUGGGCCUCCCCUCACAUGCUGCACGACCCUCCACCGACUUUACACAAGCAGCAGCUGCUGCUGCUGUGGCUGCUGCUGCAGCCACGGCCACAGCCACAGCCACAGCCACGGUGGCUGCUCUCCAGGAAAAGCAGAGCCAGGAGCUGAGCCAGUAUGGAGCGAUGGGGGCUGGACAGUCUUUUAACAACCAGUUUUUGCAGCAUGGAGGUCCCCGGGGGCCCAGUGUCCCCACUGGCAUAAACCCUACAGGCAUGGGAGGGGUGAUGAGUCCCUCUGGCCUCUCCCCCAUGGCCAUGAACCCCACCCGGGCAGCAGGAAUGACACCCUUGUAUGCAGGGCAGCGUCUGCCCCAGCAUGGGUACUCUGGGCCUCCCCAGGCUCAGCCACUGCCCCGACAGGGGGUCAAGAGAGCCUACUCCGAGGUGUAUCCAGGGCAUCAGUACCUGCAAGGAGGCCAGUACACGCCCAGCACUGCCCAGUUUACACCCGGCCCUGGGCAGCCCCCUGCCCCCUCUUAUCCUGGGCACAGGCUGCCCCUGCAGCAGGGCAUGGGCCAGUCCUUGUCCGUGCCCGGCCCCAUGGGACUGCACUACAAGCCCACAGAACAGUUCAACGGGCAGGGCGCCAGCUUCAACGGGGGCAGCAUCAGCUACAGCCAGCCCAGCCUGAGUGGGCCUGCCCGUUCCAUCCCGGGCUACCCUAGUUCCCCUCUGCCGGGAAACCCCACACCACCUAUGACCCCCAGCAGCAGCGUCCCCUACAUGUCCCCAAGCCAGGAGGUGAAGUCUCCUUUCCUGCCCGACCUCAAGCCCAGCCUCAGCUCCUUGCACCCGUCGCCUUCUGGAGGUGGCCCUUGUGACGAGUUACGGCUAACCUUCCCUGUGCGGGACGGGGUGGUUCUGGAGCCCUUCCGCCUGCAACAUAACCUGGCUGUGAGCAACCACGUCUUCCAACUCCGAGACUCCGUCUAUAAGACCCUGAUGCUGAGACCUGACCUGGAGCUGCAGUUCAAGUGCUACCAUCAUGAAGACCGGCAGAUGAACACCAACUGGCCGGCCUCAGUGCAGGUCAGCGUCAAUGCCACGCCACUUACCAUCGAGCGCGGAGACAACAAGACCUCUCACAAGCCUCUCUAUCUGAAGCAUGUGUGCCAGCCGGGCCGCAAUACCAUCCAGAUCACUGUCACUGCCUGCUGCUGUUCCCACCUCUUCGUGCUGCAGCUAGUACAUCGCCCAUCCGUGCGCUCCGUGCUGCAGGGCCUCCUUAAGAAGCGCCUCCUGCCGGCUGAGCACUGCAUCACCAAGAUAAAGCGGAACUUCAGCAGCGGCACCAUCCCUGGCACCCCUGGGCCCAACGGAGAGGAUGGGGUAGAGCAGACUGCUAUCAAGGUGUCCCUGAAGUGCCCCAUCACUUUCCGCAGGAUCCAGCUUCCCGCCCGUGGUCAUGACUGUCGCCACAUACAGUGCUUUGACCUGGAGUCGUACCUACAGCUCAACUGUGAACGGGGGACCUGGAGGUGCCCUGUGUGCAACAAAACAGCAUUGCUGGAGGGCUUGGAGGUGGACCAGUACAUGCUGGGCAUCCUGAUUUACAUUCAGAACUCCGACUACGAGGAGAUCACCAUCGACCCCAUGUGCAGCUGGAAGCCGGUGCCCGUGAAGCCCGAUGUGCACAUCAAGGAAGAGCCCGACGGGCCAGCUCUGAAGCGCUGUCGCACUGUGAGCCCGGCCCAUGUGCUCAUGCCCAGCGUGAUGGAGAUGAUCGCAGCCUUGGGCCCUGGUGCAGCCCCCUUUGCUCCUCUACAGUCCCCCUCAGCCUCUGUCCCCAGCGACUAUCCUGGCCAGGGGUCCAGCUUCCUGGGGUCUGGUACCUUCCCUGAGUCUUUCCCAUCCACCACGCCCAACACCCCAACCCUUGCUGAAUUUACCCCGGGGCCAACCUCCAUCUCCUACCAGUCUGACAUUCCCAGCAGCCUCUUGACUCCAGAGAAGUCUGCUCCCUGCCUCCCAGGCCAGAUGACACCAGCUGGUCACUUGGACCCUGCCCACAAUCCUGGGACACCAGGACUGCACACCUCCAACCUUGGGGCUCCUCCAGGUCCCCAACUGCACCAUCCAAACCCUCCCUCAGUGUCCCGGCAGCCCCUGGGCCAAGCAAGCUUAGGGCCAGCUGGCGAGCUGGCCUUCAGUCCUGCCACAGGCGUGAUGGGGCCCCCCAGCAUGUCUGGGGCAGGGGAGGCCCCAGAACCAGCUCUGGAUCUGCUCCCAGAACUGACCAACCCGGACGAGCUCCUGUCUUACCUGGGCCCACCUGACCUCCCCACAAACAGCAAUGAUGACCUGCUCUCUCUCUUUGAGAAUAACUGAUCCUGUGUUAAACCCUGGCCUGGCAGGGGUUAUCACCACAGCCUGCCCCUCAUGCCCAGCCCCAUGAGACACCUGGUGGUCCUCCCUGAACCUCCCCCCAACACACACCUGGAGUCUGGGCCUCCUGCCACUCAGCCCUGCCCAUGAACCGGAAGCAGCCUGUGCCCAUGUGGAGGGGCCCCAGGGCAGCAGCCCUUGCCACCCUCUUCCACCAGGCUCACUGCCGCAGAACCGUUCUUGCUGGGAUGCCCCUGCCCAGCGCCAUCCAUACACACGUCACAGCCCCAAUCUCACGGCCUUGCACCUCGUUCCUUCACCCCUGCCUGCUCCCGCCCAGCCUGCAUCUUGUCCAGCAUUGACCCUUCUGUUUCAACUCCUCAACCAGACAGAGGUGGCCAUGUGGUGGGGCUGGCUCUGUCCCCUAGGUCCGAGGGACUGAAAGCUCCUGUGCCCAGCAGUGCAGCUCUUGGAACCCACUAGAUGCCAGCCACCUGGGGGCUUGGGGCUCUGGCAGCCCAGCCAUGUAUGGUAUCAGGUUUCCCAUCCCCCCUGAGCUCCAGCAGCCUGGCAGAGACUGCGGGCAGGGAGCUAUAAAGCACAACAAUGUACAUAGUGUAGAACACAAACAGCUGGAAAAGGAGGGAAAGCUAUUUAAGUCAGCAUGUUCCUGUCGUACAGCCCCGCCCUGUGUGUUCUGCUCCUUCCUGUGCACAGACCCUCAGGAGGGACUUCUCAUGGGGAGGAACAGCAAGCUUUGGCCCAACUCAGGGUGGGUGGGCUUCCAGACUCAGCUCUGUGUAAAAAUUCUCCAACGGGCUGCUCUCCCAAGUUCCCCUUUUCUGUGAAAGUGAAGAAUUAGUACAGCUGUGUUUUUUAAAGCCA